UUUUCCUGCUUCUAGAUCCUUGGUUAUUUAACCCGAGUGAAGUGAUGGAAACGUACACUGAAGAAAACAAAAUCACCCAUGGGUCUUUGGCAUUCAUAUUUGUGUGAAAGAAUCUAGGAUGUUCCAAGAAGACACAUCAGCCAAUUGCUUAAAUAAAACAACAACAUCUACUGAAGAUGGUGCUUUCCAUAAACAAGGCCAUAGUGCAAGAAUUCUUAGCCCAGAAGAAGCUGAGAGACUGGCAAAAGAUCAGGUUUUGGUGUCUGAGUUCAAACAACUGAAACUGGAGAAAGAGGCACAGAAGAACUGGGACCUGUUUUACAAAAGAAACAGUACCAACUUCUUCAAAGACAGACAUUGGACAACCAGAGAGUUUCAAGAGUUAAAAGCAUGUCGGGAGUUUGCAGAUCAGAAACUGACCAUUCUGGAAGCAGGCUGUGGCGUUGGGAACUGCUUGUUUCCACUCUUAGAAGAAGAUCUGAAUAUUUUUGCAUAUGCCUGUGAUUUCUCUCCUAGAGCUGUGGAGUAUGUGAAGAAAAAUGCCUUAUACAGCACUGAAAGAUGUAAAGCAUUCCAGUGUGAUCUCACCAAAGAUGAUCUCCUAGAAAACAUACCAGCAGAUUCUGUGGAUGCUGUCACACUGAUAUUUGUGCUUUCUGCCAUUCAUCCUGACAAAAUGCAUCUUGUCUUGAAGAACAUAUACAAGGUGUUAAAACCAGGCAAGUGUGUCUUGUUCAGAGACUAUGGACUGUACGAUCAUGCAAUGCUCAGGUUUAAAUCUGGCAGCAAACUUGGAGAAAACUUUUACGUUAGACAAGAUGGGACAAGAUCAUAUUUUUUUACUAAAGAGUUCUUGUCUCAGCUUUUCAAGGCAGAGGGAUAUGAGCAAGUGGUUAAUGAAUAUGUGCAGCGAGAAACUGUGAAUAGGAAAGAAGACUUGUGUGUCCCAAGAGUUUUUCUUCAAAGCAAAUUUCAGAAGCCUUUCAGUAAGACAUAAGUUCUUGCUGAUCAGCAGCAGCAUUGCUUAUUUGAAAUGGAAGCUAGCACAUUGCUUUUCCUUGUGUGUGCUCAUCUUUCUGGUAAACCAGAAGUGACUGCAUCCAGUACCUCUUGUUGGUUUUCAUACUCAGAUACAAAAUAUAAAUGCUAUUUCUCAUUCAAAUUUAAGAUGGUUUAGUGAUGCAGGCAACCUGUUGAGUAUCUGUAUUCCUGCUUCUAAAGUAAAUCCUGUGCAGCAUUUUUGGAGGAUCAGGUAAAGCACACUAAAUAUGGUCAAUUU